GCGCGCUCUCCGCCCGCCCUCCGGGAGGAGGUGGACGCGGGAGACCCGGGGCGCCGCUGGGCGCCCAACCAGGCCCACGGAGGGUGCGGGGCGCAGUCCUCCGGCGUCCGGCCUGGGUGACCGCACCGUGGCCCCCCUCCGCCCCCCGGCUUCGUGCACAGCUCGCCGGAGGCCGCCGGCCGCGGAGCCGCCCAGCCUCAGCAGGCCCUGCCGGCCCUCAAAUCUCGGCCCACUUCUGUUCCGGGAUUGGCGGGGAUCAAAUUUUGCACCCAGAUCGGUGCCUGCGCUUGGCCCCAGAGCUGGGCGGAGUCUUCCUCUGAGACACGGCGAGAGAGGGAAUACAGGCAGGGGGAGUGGGAGACGGAGAAGCAGGCUUCCCGUGGAGCAGGGAGCCCGAUGCAGGACUUGAUCCCAGGACCCUGGGAUCAUGACCUGAGCCGAAGGCAGACGCGUAAUGACUGAGCCACCCAGGCGCCCCUGGACUUUUGUUCUUAACAAUGAAGUUUCUUUGAAAGAAAUUGAAGACAGUCAUUCAAAAUGCCUGAAAAUCCUGGUCCAGAUAAACUGCAGGUCCUACAAGUUCUUGAUCGCCUAAAAAUGAAACUGCAGGAGAAGGGGGACACAUCGCAGAAUGAGAAGCUCUCUCUGUUUUAUGAGACACUAAAGAGCCCCCUCUUCAAUCAGAUACUCACACUUCAGCAGUCCAUCAAGCAACUGAAAGGGCAACUCAGCCAUAUACCCUCAGAUUGUUUGGCCAACUUUGAUUUUUCUAGGAAAGGUCUAUUAGUGUUUACAGAUGGUGCCAUUACUAACGGGAAUGCCCAAAGACCCUCUAAUAAUUUGACUGUCUCUGGGUUAUUUCCUUGGACUCCUAAGUCAAGAAAUGAAGACUUUAACUCAGUCAUUCAACAGAUGGCGCAGGGCCGGCAAAUUGAAUAUAUCGAUAUAGAACGGCCUUCAUCCGGAGGCCUUGGAUUCAGUGUGGUGGCCCUGAGAAGUCAAAAUCUGGGAGAAGUUGAUAUCUUGGUGAAGGAAGUGCAGCGAGGGAGUAUAGCAGACAGGGAUCAAAGAUUAAGGGAAAAUGACCAAAUAUUGGCUAUUAAUCACACACCACUGGAUCAGAACAUUUCCCAUCAGCGAGCAAUUGCGUUAUUACAACAAACCACUGGAUCUCUGCAUCUGGUUGUGGCCAGGGAACCCGUCCACAGAAAAAGCAGUACUUCUACCAGGCUAACUGAUACCACUCUGCCUGAAACAGUUCAUUGGGGCCAUAUUGAAGAUGUUGAGCUCAUUAAUGAUGGCUCUGGAUUAGGUUUUGGAAUAGUUGGAGGAAAAUCAAGUGGUGUGGUUGUGAGGACGAUCGUUCCUGGAGGAUUAGCAGAUCGAGAUGGAAGACUCCAGACAGGGGACCACAUCUUGAAGAUUGGUGGCACAGAUGUGCAGGGAAUGACCAGCGAGCAAGUUGCGCAAGUGCUAAGGAACUGUGGAAACUCAGUCCGGAUGCUUGUUGCAAGAGACCCAGUUGGUGCAAUUUCUGUAACCCCUCCCACCCCUGCAGCCUUACCUGUUGCCCUGCCUGCUGUAGCUCACAGGAGCCCUAGUGCUGACAAUUCUGUUUUUGAAACUUAUGAUGUUGAACUCAUUAGAAAAGAUGGACAGAGUCUUGGGAUUAGAAUUGUUGGCUAUAUCGGAACUGCUCAUACAGGGGAGGCUUCAGGGAUUUAUGUGAAAAGUAUAAUACCUGGCAGUGCUGCUUACCACAAUGGCCAAAUUCAAGUGAACGACAAAAUAGUUGCUGUCGAUGGUGUGAAUAUUCAGGGUUUUGCGAACCAGGAUGUUGUUGAAGUAUUACGAAAUGCAGGGCAAGUGGUACACCUAACCCUAAUUCGAAGGAAGACGUCUUCGUCUGCUUCUCCACUCGAAUGGCCUUCAGACACAGGAACUGCUGUAGAACCAUCGGAAACACCAGCCUGCUACCUAACUGGAGCAGUGGAAACUGAAACUGACUUGGAUGGCGGGGAUGAGGAAACUGAAAAAAGAAUGGAUAUUCUGAAAAAUGACAACAUACAAGCCUUAGAAAAAUUAGAAAAGGUCCCAGACUCUACAGAAAAUGAGCUGAAAUCUAGAUGGGAAAACCUCUUGGGCCCGGAUUAUGAAGUAAUGGUGGCUACUUUGGAUACGCAGAUUGCAGAUGACGCCGAGUUACAGAAAUAUUCAAAGCUGCUGCCGAUUCAUACUCUGAGGCUUGGCAUGGAAGUGGAUUCCUUUGAUGGGCACCAUUAUAUCUCUUCAGUUGCUCCAGGUGGUCCUGUUGAUACACUGAACCUCCUGCAGCCAGAGGAUGAGCUUCUUGAGGUCAAUGGCGUGCAACUGUAUGGGAAAUCUCGCCGAGAAGCAGUCUCUUUUCUCAAAGAGGUGCCUCCUCCCUUUACCUUGGUUUGCUGUCGACGAUUAUUUGAUGAUGAAGCUUCUGUGGAUGAACCAAGGAACACUGAAGCCCCUCUUCCCAAGAUGGAGGCUGACCACAGUGUAGGCAUCAAUACUGAAGAUGAUGAUGAUGGGGAAUUAGCACUAUGGUCUCCUGAAGUCAAGAUUGUUGAACUCGUAAAAGAUCAUAAAGGCUUGGGAUUCAGCAUCUUGGAUUACCAGGACCCUUUAGAUCCCACAAGAUCAGUGAUUGUGAUCCGUUCCCUGGUGGCACAUGGUGUCGCAGAAAGAGGGGGAGAGCUGUUACCUGGAGACCGCCUGGUCUCAGUUAAUGAAUACUGUUUGGAAAACACCACACUUGCUGAAGCUGUGGAAGUGUUGAAAGCUGUGCCACCAGGCAUCGUACGCCUUGGCAUCUGUAAGCCUUUGGUGGAAGAUGAUAAAGAGGACGAAAGUCAUUAUAUUUUACAUUCAAACAAUAAUGAAGACGAGACUGAACUUUCAGGAACAAUUCAUGAUACAAAUUCAUCUUUAAUACUUGAAGCACCCAAGGAAUUUAGAGAUGAACCCUAUUAUAAAGAGGAGCUUGUAGAUGAGCCGUUCCUCGAUUUGGGAAAGGCUUUUCAGUCCCAACAGAAAGAGAGAGACAAUAGCAAGGAGGCCUGGGAGAUGCAAGAAUUUCUGACUCCUAGAUUGCAGGAGAUGGGGGAAGAAAGAGAGAUGCUUGUUGAUGAAGAAUAUGAGCUAUAUCAAGAUCACUUUCCGUCCAUGGACUUGUAUCCCUCAUCACACCUUCAAGAGGCUGCUCCUGUUUCCUCUGUGAAGGAACUUCACUUUGGCACUCAGUGGUUACAGGACAACGAACCACCUGAGCUUCAAGAAGCAAGAUCCAUGAGGAGUAUGUAUUCCCAGGAGACGCAGCAGUGUAGCUAUAGCGCUGGAAACAUGAUGAAAGAAAAUUUUGGCAUCGGUUCCCCACCCUCCAUACCCUCAUCUGAAGGAGGCAGUCAACAAAGCAGAUUUGAUGAUCUGGAAAAUCUUAAUUCAUUAACAAAAAGCAGUCUGGAUUUAGGCGUGAUGAUUCCAAAUGAUAUCCAAGGCCCUGGCUUGCUUGUUGAACUCCCUGCUGUGGCUCAAAGAAUGGAGCAAGAUUUGCCCUUAUACCAACUCCCCAGGACCCGAGUUGUUUCCAAGGCCUCGGCAUACAUAGGAACAUCAUCUAGAUAUACCACUGAUGCCUGUGAGUUACCUGAAAGAGAAGAAGGUGAAGGAGAAGAAACUCCAAACUUCAGCCACUGGGGUCCACCAAGAAUUGUUGAGAUAUUUAGGGAACCCAAUGUGUCUCUUGGUAUUAGUAUUGUUGGUGGACAAACUGUUAUAAAACGCCUGAAGAAUGGAGAGGAACUUAAAGGUAUAUUUAUCAAACAAGUUUUAGAAGACAGUCCAGCAGGAAAAACAAAUGCUCUUAAAACAGGAGAUAAAAUACUUGAGGUGUCUGGAGUAGAUUUGCAGAAUGCCUCACAUAGAGAAGCAGUGGAGGCCAUUAAGAAUGCGGGAAAUCCUGUGGUGUUCGUUGUUCAGAGCUUGUCAUCCACUCCAAGAGUCAUUCCUAGUGUGCCUAACAAGGCUAACAAAAUCACCAAUAACCAGGACCAAAACACUGAAGAAAAAAAAGAAAAGAGACAAGGAACAGCUCCACCUCCAGUGAAACUGCCACCUCCUUAUAAAGCUCCGUCUGAGGACAGUGACGAAAAUGAAGAAGAAUAUGCAUUUACCAACAAAAAAAUCAGGCAAAGAUAUGCAGACCUACCUGGAGAAUUGCACAUUAUUGAGCUUGAAAAGGAUAAGAAUGGACUUGGACUCAGCCUUGCUGGUAAUAAAGACCGGUCGCGCUUGAGCAUAUUUGUGGUGGGAAUUAACCCAGAAGGACCUGCUGCCACGGAUGGGCGAAUGCGUAUUGGAGAUGAACUGUUGGAGAUAAACAAUCAGAUCCUGUAUGGAAGAAGUCACCAAAAUGCAUCUGCCAUUAUUAAGACCGCCCCAUCAAAGGUCAAGCUGGUUUUCAUCAGAAAUGAAGAUGCAGUCAAUCAGAUGGCUGUUACCCCCUUUCCAGUACCAUCAAGCUCCCCGUCUUCUGUUGAGGAUCAGAGCGGUACUGAACCUGUUAGCAGUGAGGAAGAUGGCAGUCUCGAAGUUGGUAUUAAACAGUUGCCUGAAAAUGAAAGCUCCAAACUGGACGACAUCUCCCAGGUGGCUGGUCAGGGCGUGGUGGCAGGUCACCAGAAGGCACUGGAGUGCCCAACUGACAAUGCUGUCAGCCAGAUGAAACAGCAAAAAUAUUCAACAAAAGUCUCCUUCAGUUCACAAGAGAUAUCUUUAGCACCAGCUCCAUCAUACCAUUCCACGGAUGUGGAUUUCACAAGCUAUGGUGGUUUCCAGGCCCCUCUGUCAGUGGACCCAGCCACGUGUCCCAUUGUUCCUGGCCAGGAAAUGAUUAUAGAAAUAUCCAAGGGACGUUCAGGUCUUGGUCUCAGCAUUGUGGGAGGAAAAGACACACCUUUGGAUGCUAUAGUUAUACACGAAGUCUACGAAGAAGGAGCAGCAGCCAGAGAUGGAAGACUUUGGGCUGGUGACCAGAUAUUAGAGGUUAAUGGGAUUGACCUGAGGAGCGCCAGCCACGAAGAAGCCAUCACAGCCCUGAGGCAGACCCCCCAGAAGGUGCGACUGGUCGUGUAUAGAGAUGAGGCACACUACAGGGAUGAGGAGAACUUGGAGGUUUUCCCGGUGGAUCUGCAAAAAAAGGCUGGCCGAGGACUGGGUCUGAGCAUCGUUGGGAAGCGAAAUGGAAGUGGAGUGUUUAUUUCUGACAUCGUGAAAGGUGGAGCUGCAGACCUUGAUAGGAGAUUGAUUCAGGGAGAUCAGAUCUUAUCUGUGAAUGGGGAGGACAUGAGAAAUGCUUCACAAGAGACAGUGGCCACUGUCCUCAAGUGUGCACAGGGGCUGGUGCAGCUAGAGAUUGGAAGACUCCGAGCUGGUUCCUGGACCUCCUCAAGGAAGACCUCACAGAAUAGUCAGGGAAGCCAGCACAGCGCACACAGCAACUUCCAUCCCUCCCUGGCUCCUGUCAUCACCAGCCUACAAAACCUGGUUGGCACAAAAAGAGCUACAGAUCCUUCCUCCAAAAGUUCAGGCACAGAUAUGGGACCAAGGACCGUUGAGAUCAUCAGGGAGCUCAGCGAUGCCCUUGGAAUCAGUAUCGCCGGAGGAAAAGGAAGUCCCUUAGGAGAUAUCCCAAUAUUUAUUGCCAUGAUUCAGGCCAGUGGUGUGGCUGCCCGUACACAGAAACUUAAGGUUGGAGAUCGGAUUGUCAGCAUUAAUGGGCAACCUUUGGAUGGGCUGUCUCACGCGGAUGUGGUUAAUCUGCUAAAGAACGCCUACGGGCGCAUUAUCCUGCAGGUUGUAGCAGAUACCAACAUAAGCGCCAUAGCAACUCAGCUUGAAAACAUGUCUACAAGCUACCACCUUGGUUCUCCCGCUGCUGAACACCAUCCAGAAGACACAGACGUGCAUUGUGUUUUCAGAACACCUCCACCUAAGAUUAUUACUUUGGAGAAAGGCUCUGAAGGAUUGGGGUUUAGUAUUGUAGGGGGUUAUGGAAGUCCCCAUGGAGACCUGCCAAUUUAUGUCAAGACUAUAUUUGCAAAGGGAGCAGCUGCAGAUGAUGGCCAGUUGAAGCGAGGCGAUCAGAUUUUAGCUGUCAAUGGCGAGACGCUGGAAGGUGUUACUCAUGAGCAAGCUGUGGCCAUUCUAAAACACCAGAAAGGGACUGUAAUCUUAACUGUGCUGUCGUGAGCCCCGGGUCCUAAUCACAAGAUAGAUGUUGUAGAGUAUCCAUAGGAAGAUGAAGCUCUGAGAGAGGAUGAAAAGCAGCCUCCACUAGAAUCCACCUUCAUUUACCCCCUCACCCUCUUUGCUCAGGAGAGGCGGCUAGAUGUCACGGGAAUUGUCCAAAUCAACCUUCAGCCUCUUGGUGAGGUGAAUUUCUAAACCUAGAACGAGUCUUACCUGAUUUGCAUCUCACAUCCAUGUUUAGCCACUAGUAGUAACUGGUUCUGAUUCUGUUUGCUGCAACCGAAGUUAACCACCUCUCAUUCCUGUGCCCUUCUCUGCCCAUCCCUCCUCGCUAAGAGGCUUACAGCAAGCUCACAUGUCCUCUGAUGAACAGAAACAAAUGUUAAGCAACUUGUCAUCUCACUCAUGAUUUACUUAUGCUAAUUGUCUCUUCAGGUAUGCCAGAAAACAUUAAUAGUGUAAUUAACUUACCAUUGAUCCCCAUGAUGAAACACCCAAGUCUCCUAUGGGAAAUUAUUGUGCUCUUUUCUGCACGACUUAGAGUCAGAUAUGUCUCAAAUUUGUUUCUCUGGAUAGAUCUUUAUAAGCUAGUCAUUGGUGAUUAUGAUGAGUCCAUUUGCAGACUGUAAUCUGAAAAUUCUGGAAGGCUUUCUAGUUGUUUUCUUGGCUACAUAAACGUAUACCACUGAGCAAAUGCACCUUGUUCUCCACAGGAACAAUUAGCAUCCAUGUUCUGAAUUCUAACCGUGCUAACUCAUGUUCAAGUCCAGGAAGUUCAGCUGGAGUUAAUGGCAUCUCAGUAGGCAGCAUCAUUGCCUCCCCUUCAGUCUUCAGACAAGCAGGUAUAAGCCCCAGAACCAGUCUGCAGAGAUCAGUAAGUUUUCCCUCAAGUCAGAUGAGGUCUGGGUGGCCUUGGGCUUGUGCAAAGUGGAGUGACAAAUUUGAGCAUCCUUCCCCUUGGCUCCCUACUGGUCAAUCUAGCAGCACAAACUGUAGGAACAUAGGGAUGGAGCAGCAUGCUUGGCCACCAAGUGACUGUGGAAAUGAACUCAGCCUAAGAGUCAGUGAGGGGGCUACUUGACUAAUGUUUCCUGAUCUUCAGGAAGCCUCUCAUUUGCUAAAGUUUUACAUGCUAAGAAAGCAACGGCAGCAGAAAAUACAAAAAUACCUUUAAGGUUGAAUAGAGGCAUUCUUAUUUAGGUAUUAGCAGGAGGUGGCGGGGAGAGAUGCUUAUCAGUGAAUGUUAUAGGUUCUUCUGUAAAAAAUGUACCAUGAAAGAUGAGGACCAGGAUCAGUAAUAGAAGUAGUUUAGUAUCUUUGAACUAAAACACAAUGCUACAAAUGGUUCACAGUCGUUAACAAAAUGGAAUGGGCUCUGAUUUUAAAAUGUUAUUUAAUAAUCACAGAUUUUAAUUGAGAAUUACCUUUGAGUAGAAGUAAUCACAAAGUGCAUUAACUCUUGUUGGAAUAUUUUGUGGUUAUUCCAAAGUAUAGAGUGCCUAAAUUUUAUGUUGAAUAAUAUGUUUCAUGACUGGUAUUAAGUUUUCUGAAGUGACAUAUGGCUUUUGGAAUUUCUAACAUACCCAAGAUGUGCAAUGUUGUUAGAACCUUGUCUUUCAGUGCAUGAGAAGCUAUCAACCUCAGAAGUUCUAUGCUAAUUGUACCUGCGAGAACACCUGAGGCAGCCAAGAAGAAAUGAAGCCCAAAUAAAACUUGAAAAUGCACCUUAAAAAAAGUGUGUGUGUCUGUGCACACGCAUGUGUAUACACACACACACACACCUAAGACUUCAUAUAUUUUGAAAUGUGAUUCUGCUUGAUUGUGAUGGAAUGGCCAUUAAAUACACAUUUGAAAUACUA